AUGGCGGCUAUGGCCAGUCGCUCUCUCCCUUUAGAGGCACCUCGAAAUCGAAUGGGAAGCUCUUUGGCAAGGCCGGCAGGGCCUUUUGCUCGCACCCCGAAUAGCACCAUCCUCGCUUCGGGUGGUGCCACAGUAACGAAUCCUCAAUCAAUCCAUGCGUCAAACAGGAGUCAUGGAUCUGUGCCACCUGGUCGCCGAUCGAGUGAGCAGCGACCCACCACGCCGUCCGGGACUGGACGCCGAGACGAGCCACGCAGCUCCACCAGCGGCACUUUUGAUGGCUUUCGCAGCGCAGAUGCGAGCACUCGCAGCCGCAGCGUUGCCGGAUCGAAAGGCUCCAGGUACGCGACAGCAACUCGUGAAGGCCUUAAUUCAGGCGGAAGCUCCGGCUCCACCUGCGACAAGUGCGAUGGCAAACAUCCCACAGAGAGGUGCCCGCACUUCCAGAAAGACCGAGAGAAGCACAAGGAUGCGUGGGUCAACUACGGGUGCAAGAGCAACCCACAUCAGAUGGGCGGGAGUGGGGGUAACUUCGUGCUCAGGAGCGCUCGCGUCAUCCCUCAACCCGGGGAUGGCAAUUGCUUGUACCACUCGAUGAGCUACGGCCUGAGGAACUGCACCGCGGCCAGUCUGCGCCGCGAGCUGGCAGACUUCCUGCGCCACAAUCCCUCACUGCAAAUCGCCGGGGACUCCUUGGAGGAGUGGGUCAGAUGGGAUUCCAACUCCGCCGUAAACGAGUAUACGCGACGCCAAGCGGUGACUGGCUGGGGCGGUGGCAUAGAGAUGGCGUGCUGCUCGCAUUUGAAGAACGUGAACAUUCAUGUUUAUGAAAGUAUGGGAAGGCUUUCCUCUGAGUUCAAGCGCAUUUCGUGCUUUGACGCGCCGAAUGCAGAGCGAACCAUCCAUGUACUCUACCAGGGCGGCCUGCACUAUGACGCGCUACAGCCCUUGUGA